CCGACAUCAGUUUCGUCAGUUCUUAGACGAAAUGGAAUCAUUAAUUCCAGUCAUAAACAAACUUCAAGAUGUAUUUAAUACCGUUGGGUCUGAAACGAUUCAACUACCACAAAUUGUAGUGUUAGGAAAUCAGAGUUCGGGAAAAAGUUCUGUACUAGAGACCCUGGUGGGUCAUGAUUUUCUGCCUAGGGGGACUGGCAUAGUGACUCGCAGACCUCUUGUGCUGCAGCUUCUACAUAUUUCAAAUGACAACCACAAGCCAAGUACAGAUGAUAUGCAGAAAGUUGCAGCCAGAGAGUGGGCGAAGUUUCUCCACACCAAGAACAAAAUUUACACAGAUUUUCAAGAAGUUUGCAAAGAAAUUGAAAAUGAAACAGAUCGCAUGUCCGGGACCAACAAGGGCAUCUGCGCAGAGCCCAUCACAUUGAAGAUCUAUUCCAACAAAGUUGUAAAUCUUACUCUUGUCGACCUGCCUGGGCUGACCAAAGUCCCAGUGGGAGACCAGCCCCCAGACAUAGAGGCCCAGAUCCGUGACCUAGCCAUCCACUACAUCUCCAACCCCAACUCAGUUAUCCUAGCAGUCACUGCAGCAAACACAGACUUCGCCACCUCUGAGGCCUUAAAAUUAGCUCGAGACUUUGAUCCUGAUGGCAGAAGAACUCUGGCUGUCAUCACAAAACUAGAUUUGAUGGACGCUGGCACAGACGCCAUGGACGUCUUGUGUGGUCGGGUCAUCCCAGUCAAGUUGGGGAUCAUCGGAGUUGUCAACCGCAGUCAAGCUGAUAUCAACAACAAAAAGAAUCUGGCAGAUUCCUUAAAAGAUGAAGCAUCAUUUCUUCAGAAAAAAUAUCCAUCAAUAGCUAAUCGUAAUGGAACACCAUACCUAGCAAAAACUUUAAACAGACUCUUGAUGCACCACAUCAGGGAUUGCUUGCCUGAGCUAAAGACCAGAGUCAAUGUACUUAUUGCUCAGUUCCAGUCUCUUCUAAAUUCAUUUGGUGAACCUAUCAGUGACAAGAGUCAGCUUCUUUUACAAAUUAUAACAAGAUUUGCUUCAGCUUAUUGUAACACAAUAGAGGGAACAUCAAGAAAUAUAGAAACAUCGGAACUUUGUGGCGGUGCACGCAUUUGUUACAUAUUUCACGAAACUUUUGGUAGAACACUUGAGUCUGUCGAUCCUCUGGGAGGGCUAAAUACUAGAGAUAUUCUAACCGCUAUCAGAAAUGCUACGGGUCCAAGACCAGCGCUGUUUGUCCCAGAAAUAUCCUUUGAGCUGCUGGUGAAGAGACAGAUUCGCAGGCUGGAGGAACCAAGUUUAAGAUGUGUGGAACUAGUUCAUGAGGAGAUGCAAAGAAUGAUACAACAUUGCGGCACACAGCAAGAAAUGUUGCGCUUUCCAAAACUUCAUGAACGGAUAGUGGAUGUGGUAACAAAUUCCUUACGCCAGCGAUUACCUCCAACAAAUGCCAUGGUAGAAAAUUUAGUUCAGAUAGAACUGGCUUACAUCAAUACAAAACAUCCAGACUUUUCUGAGGCCCACCAAGUCCACAGGGCCAUGAUGAGUGGGAUGAGUGAGACUGACGCUCAGAGGACCCUGAGCCAGAGGAAUGUGUUGGAGAAGAUCCAGGAGGACAAGGAUAGGGGAACUUCUUCCUAUACAAAUGUACGGAGUGUGCCGGGAGAUGGUUCUGCUCAUGCUAUUAGAGAAAAGAAACCAGAUAAGGCCACACCACCUCCUAUAACGGACAACAUGAAUGGUGGCUCGUGGAAGAUCACAAACCUCAUCCGGUCCAACCGCUUGGACACAGCGGCCAGUGACAGGUCCUCGGAGCCGUCCAACUCACUACCUGGCAGCGGCGCUAACAGUGCCUCCCCCUCCCCGUCACGCUCCAAGAAGGGGAUCAACCUGUUGCCUGAAGUGCCAGAGCAGCCUGUUAUGAAACUGUCACAGAGGGAACAAAGAGAUUGUGAGGUUAUAGAGCGCUUGAUCAAGUCUUACUUCAUGAUAGUGCGGAAAAAUAUCCAGGAUAGCACACCCAAGGCUAUCAUGCAUUUCUUAGUCAACCAUGUGAAGGAUCAUCUUCAGAGUGAACUUGUUAGCCAGCUGUAUAAGAAAGAAGAGAUAGAGACCCUUCUAGAGGAAUCUGUACAUAUAGCAGCUCGGAGGAAAGAGGCCUCAGAAAUGCUGCAGGCCUUGCAGCGAGCUAGCCAGAUAAUAGGAGAAAUUCGAGAAAUUCAUUUGUGGUGAUGAGCUAAACACCAUUCAUCUCAACGGUACACCUAGACAAACUCAUACAUUUUAGCUAGUCUAUCGAAGUUGUGCUUUCCUUAGGAUAAUUAAGAAGGAAAAAAAUUCCGCCCAGGUUUUUUUUUACCACAGCCAAAAACAGAAGCUUGAAAUUUUAGCAAGAGAAACGGAAGAAAAAAGUUUCAAGGCAUAGGAUAUGAUAAGGUAUUAUAGUGGAGGUAAAGAUUUCAGAUACAAGUAAAAUUUUGUUGUAAGGCAUAGGAUUUGAUAAGGUAUUAUAGAGGAGGUAAAGAUUUUUGAUACAAGUAACAUUUGGUUGUAAGGCAUAGGAUUUGAUAAGGUAUUAUAGUGGAGGUAAAGAUUUUUGAUACAUGUAACGAACAUUUUGUUGUCUUGAAGAGAACACCUGGUGUAAUCACCUGGACUUAGGUGUUUUUUUUUAAUGCAUGGUUUUCCUGAUGUGGAAUUUGUUACCUUGACCUCAACCAUAGCUUACAUUUGUGCAGACUUGAAACAUCCUGCAUGUUCACACCUUGCUAGAGGGCAGAGAGUGUGUAAGGGGGAUUAACUCUAGUGCACCAGUUAAAGGGACAGCACCACAUAUAGUUGUAAUAUUUGCAUACUGGUUGUAAGGAUUCACUUAUCUGUGUUGUAAUGUAUAUUUUUCAAUCUUGUGUGAAUGCUGAGUUUUGAUGAUCAUCCCUCCUGAAAGUAACUAGUAUUAUCUACCUUUUAAUCAAAAUAUUUCUACAGUUUUUAUUGUUAGUCUAAUAUAAAAAAUUGUUUAAAAAAAUUAUCAGUAGAUGAAAUAAUGAUUAACAGCUUAUUAAUGUAAUUGAGUAAAUACAUGGUUUUAAUAGUUAGAAUUUUUUAAAAUUAAAAAAAAAAUGUUUUUUACACACUUCCAAAUCAACAUAAAUUUUAAAUCUGUUUGAUACCAGCCAGUUUUCCUAAUUUUUAUAAGAGCUGUGGAAUGCCUACUUUUAAUUCAAUACUGUAAAACAUAUUUUUUUUUUGUAAUGAAUUUUAGCUCACAUCAAAUAGUAAACCAUAGCAAUUUUAAUUAUUUAUUUAUAGCUAAUUACUUAAAUAAAUAAAACCUUCCAGCAUUUAUGUAUUGGUAAUUCGCUUGAGUUGAGUUGGUCACCCAUGUUUAGUUAGAUGAGGUUAAGUACCUUGACUGUUUGCCUAGUGUUGUUAUGAAUGUUUAGGAUGUUGCAUGGGUAGUCUGUUUGAUCACAAGCAGCCUGUCUGGUGGUAGUGACUUGUGUGUCCACUUGCAUGCUUUGAUUUGUGAAAUUUUUAAACGUUUACAUAUGUUUUGUUCAGAUUUACAUUAUGAGAUCAGAUGUAGUAUAUUCCUAGAUAGCUUUGCAUAGUGCAAUACAAUUGUAAUAAGAAUUGAUAAAUAAAAUAUUCCUGUACAUUUUGGGGUGAAAUUAUUUUUGUGUUUGUUGAAGAGAAAAAACAGAAGUUCAGUAUUGACUAUUCUCAUCCAUUCCUUUAUAUGCCAUUUGAUGUUGAUUGUCCUUUGUAUGGUUCUGUUUUUAUAUUAAGUUUACUAUUUUUUUAAAUAUUUUUUUUAUCUGCUUUUGACAUUCAAAUCAGUGAAUUAUUUUAAUUAUUUCAUUAAUUUUUUUAUUGUUAACAAUUAAGUUGUGGAUUUUAUGUGUAUUUAUCUGUUUUGUCUUUUCAAAUUAUUAUUUUGAUGCAUAUCAGUUGUAUAGGUAUAGCUUAUGUAUUGCUUUGUAGAUUCACAAAAUGCUUAAGAUCAGAAUUGAAAUAUCAGCCAAAGUUAAUACAAAACAAGUUUAAUUAAAAUCUGAGAUUUUUAAUGGAUGCAAGCUUCAUGUCAACAUUUUGGCCUAUGCAACAAUAGAUUAAAUUCUGUGUGUUACGUUAAUUAAAGAUAAGUAGUUUGUGCCCCAAUUAACUUUAUUACAGCAUGUAAGCACAUCUUGUAUUUUUUAUCCUAGACUGGCCAAACACCCUAUCCUAGUCUGCAAACACUUUAGUGCUAAGUUUUUUGUACAUAACACAUUUCCUUAGAGUGAUCUCCCCUUUAUUAAUGUUGUGCCAUCAGCUAUUAACUUAGAGGAUUGCUGUUUGUCUCCUAACUGUAUUUGGCAUAUAUAUCCUUGCCUUUUAAUAACAGUUAACAUAGUAGCAUAGACCUGUGAUGACCAAAGCUGCUAUUUUCAGCUUAAGGAAACUGGUUUUCUGGAAAUUAAUUUGGUGGCUUAAUCGUUAAAUGUAAUUAUUAAACUAUAAUAAUAAUUUUUAAAAUGUGUGUUUGCAUAUUUGACCCAUUUAAAAUAAAAAUUUUUGUCAAUUUUUCUUUAUCUUGUUCAUAAACCAGAUAAAAAUGCUUAAUAUGCUUCCAAAUUUUUUAAAUGUGUUCUCUAAUACCUUGUGAGAAUGGCUAAAAUACUGUAAAUUAAACAUUUAUUCAUGACAAUUUUGUAUUUAUUCAAACUAAAUACUUUUACAGAAAUAAUUUCAAUCAUGAUAGUGGGUAGAUUUUGAAAUUAUAGCUUGCUUAUGUUUUGUGUUAACAGUUGCUUAUUGGGAUGAUUUGAGUUGUAUUAUGUUUGGUCACAUACAUGCUUUCAACCACCUGAUCUUCUUUUGUUGUUGUAUAUGAAGGGAGUUAACUUAGUCUAAUACUAUAGUUACCUCCCCUUUAUGUUAAAAUGUAAAUAAUUCCCAGAGGAAGAGUUUAUAGUUUGAAAAUAUAUUCAUGUAGACAUUUGUUCCUCACAUUUAGGUACGUUGAUAGUUUUGUACAAUGGCUUUAUUUAAGAGUAAUUUGUUUAUUCAUGUUUUUUUUCUAUUAACUUUCUCUGUGAUUGUAACUGUUCUUUUUUCAUACAACAACAACAUGAAGUUUAUGCUGUGUAAUAGUUCACUUAUUGAAUGUAAAAAAUAAAACUGCAAGUAUCUACAGAC